GACGACCAACAACAGAAAAGCGGAGGCCGAGACAGCAGCUGGCUGUCAGCAGCCAGGAGCUCCUCUGGCUCUGAGGAAGGCGCCCAGCAGUGGGGCAGGAAAGAGGCAUCCGAGAAGGAAGGAAGAGGUGGUGGCCGGGCGAGGCCGGGCGAGGGAGGCUGCCGGGCUCCCCAGCAUCCGCAGUUGCCCCUCAACCCGACACCUGAGUUCCCAGGUGGGUGGGGACUCCCGGCCUGUCUCUGCUCAGUGAGGCCUGGCAGGAGCCCGGCAGGAGCCCGAUGCACCAUGGCAGCCGCCAGCUUCGUGCAGGAGAUGCGCUCCAUGGGCGAGAAGCUGCUGCACAAGCUGCAGAAGCUGCCCCAGGCCGAGCCUGUGGAGAUUGCGGCCUUCUCCGUCAUCCUCCUUUUUACAGCCACCGUGCUGCUGUUGCUGCUGAUUGCCUGCUGCUGCUGCUGCAGGGACUGCUGCUGCCCUGAGCGCAGAGGCAGGAAGGUCCAAGUGCGGCCCAUGAGCCCCCCGUGAGGGGCAGAGACGAGAAGGAGAAGCUGGAGAGGAGGCUGUCAAAGCCAUGAUCCCACGUGCUGGCCUGGCCCCAGCCCUGGCCCUGCCCAGGAACCCGACACCUGCAGCCUUAUUAAGGAAACAAGGGCUUGGUACGGCUACCAACUCUCACCUGCCAGUGACUACCGGGUGCCGAGGAGGAGUCAGCUGCUUAAAACCCGGGGAUUCUUUCCCAACCUGCACUUUCUAACAAAACACACAAGUGGGGGCCCCAUACUUGGAGGGAGAACAGCCUGCAGUGGUGGGGAGCCGGCCCAGAGGAGCAGGCCAAACAGAGGGGCUCUGUGCAACAGCUGCUGGACCCCGAGCUUCCCACCAGAGGGGAGCACGUCAGUAUUCUAUUCUGCUAUUUGCCCAUUUCUGUCUCAGUAAAAGCUUUCUGGUUAUGUG